CACUCCUCCAUCAACAUUCUAUAACGAAGCACACCAAAAAUGAAUCCUCACACCUCAUUCAUCCUCACUUCAUUUCUCCUCCUACUCUCAAUCUCAACCGCCGCACCAACUCCAAUCCAAGAUUCCUUCCCAAAAUGCGUAUCCAAACACAGCGAUAAAUCCUCCCCUUCAACCACCACCUUCAUCACCGCCGCCCAAGCCUCGCUCUACACCUCCCUUUUGCACUCCACCGCCCAAAACCUCCGAUGCCUGCUCCCCUCCAUGCCCAAACCCCUCCUCAUCUUCACGCCCACAACCGAAUCCCACGUCCAAUCCGCCGUCGUCUGCGCCAGGAAGCUCGGCGUCCACCUCCGCCUUAGGAGCGGCGGCCACGACUACGAAGGCAUUUCCUACACCUCCGAAUUCAAAUCGCCGCCGCCCUUCAUCCUCCUCGACCUCGGAAAACUCCGCGCCAUCAACGUCGACGUCCGCUCCAAAACAGCAUGGGCGCAGGCCGGCGCCACCAUCGGCGAGCUCUAUUACAGAAUAUCGGAGAAGAGCAAGACGCUCGGCUUCCCCGCCGGCCUCUGCACCAGCCUCGGCGUCGGUGGACACAUCACCGGCGGCGCCUACGGCCCCAUGAUGCGGAAAUACGGCCUCGGAGCGGAUAAUGUGGUCGACGCCAGGAUCGUCGACGCCGACGGCAGGAUCCUCGACCGGAAAUCCAUGGGGGAGGACGCGUUCUGGGCGAUCAGAGGCGGCGGCGGCGGCAGCUUCGGCGUUAUAUUAGCAUGGAAAGUGAAGCUCGUCAAAGUUCCCUCCACCGUCACCGUUUUCACCGUGCCGCGAACACUCGAACAAGGCGCCACCAAAACUCUAUACAAAUGGCAGCAAAUUGCUGACAAAAUCGACGAGAAUCUCUUCAUAAGAGUCCUCAUCCAGCCGGCGCCCAUCGCCGGCGGGAAGAGGACGAUAGUGACCGCGUACAACGCGGUGUACCUCGGCAGAGCCCCCGCGCUUCUGAAAAUCAUGAGGUCCAGCUUCCCGGAGCUGGGGCUGACGCGGAACGACACGGUGGAGAUGAGCUGGAUCGAGUCGGUGGUGUACGUCGGGAGCUUCCCGGCCGGAACGCCGCCGGCGGCGCUGCUGGCCGGGAAGGCGGCGUUCGUGAACCACUUCAAGGCGAAAUCGGACUUCGUGAAGGCGGCGGUGCCGGAGGGGGGGCUGGAGGGGCUGUGGCGGGUGAUGAUGGAGGAGGAGGCGCCGCUGAUGAUAUGGAAUCCGUUCGGCGGGAAAAUGAGCAGGAUUCCGGAGGCGGAGAUCGCGUUCCCUCACCGGAAGGGGGUGGUGUUCAUGGCGCAGUACCUGACGUCGUGGAGGAGCGAUAAGGAAGACGUGAGGAAGCGGUAUGAAUGGAUGGAGAAGCUCUACAACUACAUGGCGCCCUACGCCUCCAAGAAUCCAAGGGAGGCCUACGUUAACUACAGAGAUGUGGAGAUAGGGAUGAACGCCGUUGGAAGGGCUAACGGCAGCUCCCAUGAUUGGGGGUUUAGGUAUUUCAAGACCAAUUUCCACAGAUUGGUGCAGGUCAAACGCAUAAUCGAUCCCACUGAUUUUUUCUGGUUUGAACAGAGCAUUCCUACCGCGCUCUACAAAUAAUUCUCUCUCAUCAACUUUGCUACUACUAUCUUUUUUUUAAUAAAAUGUUUUUUUUUUAUGUAUGUUUUAUUCUAAUGAUAUUGGAAUUAGUUUAGAGUUUCCGUCUCUGCAAUGUGAUGGUUCUAUAAAGACUACUACUUGAGGCGGGUUUA